AUGGGGGACUAUGAGGACGUGGGCUUGAGUCUUUUUAGAGGAAUGGACACGAUUCAAAUAGAACAGGACAAUGAACAUCUGGAACAAGAGGCAGCGGAAGAGCAGCGUAGAAGAAAUGAAGAGCUUCGAAGUAUUUUGAAACAAACUUUUGCCGACCUGUCAUUCGAUGACGACGACGAAGUAGAUGAUGACGACGAGGAUGACAGCGGUGCAGAUGAUGACAGUAGUGACAGUGAUGAUAGUAGAUGUAGAAAUAAUGAGAGGCAACACCAAGCAUUAGCUCAGACAGUUCUGGAGGAAUCCCGGAUAUUGCCACCCCGACCUGUGACCGAGGGCUCCGUGAUGUUUCCCGAAAACGGCCACCUGACACCGCAGUGGGACACGUCUACUAACAGUGAGCUGCCACCAAAAAUUUGCAAGGAGUCUGCUGAACACAAAGGGAGGACACAAGAAUUGGAGGAUGAGGUAGAAACGAUGAAGAGGAAUAUUUUUAACUUGGAAAACUCUAAGAAACAGCUGGAGACGCAGCUGGCGGCAGCGCAGGCGUCGGUGGUGGAGCUGCAGCACAAGGAAAAAGAGGCGGCGGAGCGCGAGGGCCGGUUGCGGGAGCAGAACCGCGAGCAGGAGCGCCUGCUGGUGGAGAAGGGCGAGGCGGUGGCGGCGGUGGAGGCGGCGCGGCGCGACGCGCAGAGGGCCUCGCAGCAGCUGGAGGCCGCGCAGCGAGAGCUGGAGCAGCUGAAGUCGGAGUUGAAGCAGUACGAGGUGCUGGACUCGCUGGGCCUGCUGUCGGCCGGAGGCGACUCCACGGUCGACAGGGGGGUGCGCGACAGCAGAGGCGGCGGCGGCGGCUUCCACGCCGAGCUGCGGCGCGAGUUGCAGCGCAGCCUCGCAGGCCAGAAGGUGAAGCGGGAGGAGAUCCGGCGGCUGCAGGAGCAGCUGAGGGAGCGCGACCGGCAGCUGUGCGAGCGCGACCGGCAGGUGGCGGCACUCCAGCGCCAGCAGGAGCUCUACCUACAGGAGGCCGACAAGUUCAAGGACGAAGUCGACAAGCUGUACGCCCAGCUUGCCCACCGCGACAGCGCCGACGGCUGCGCGGACCCCGACGCCGAGGCGGCGCGCCGGGACGCGGAGACUCGGCGAGCGGAUCUGGAGGCGGCGAAGGCGGAGGCGCGCGACCUGGCCGGGCGGCUCGCGGCCGCCGAGGCGGAGCUCCGGGAGGCGCAGGGGCACGCCGAGGCAAACGGCAGAGAGGAGUUCCUGAGGUUCCACGAGCAGGCAGCCGCGAAGACGAAGAGGGAGCACGACGAGCGGGUCGCCGCACUGCAGUGUCAGCUGGAGAAGGCUGCCGAGGAGUGUGACCGAGUGAAGCGGAUGUACGUGGAGGUGUGCGGCUCCAAGGAGCUGCUGCUGCAGGGGGUGCAGGAGGAGCGCGCCGGCUGGGAGGCGGAGAGGGCGGAGCUGCGGCGGGAGGCCGCCCAGCUGCGGGCGCGUCUCGACCUCUACGCGGGGAGGGUCUCCCGGGAGAUCGACAGGGCCAAGGAAGCUGCAAUAGCGGCGGUGGCGGCCGAGGACGGGAAGCAGCCGGAGACCUGCUCCGUGUCGGUGCAGGCCACGGCGAGCCCGUUGCCGUCUCCAGUUCCCGGGGGCGACGGCUGCGCCUCGUGCGAGGCCCUGCGGCAGCGGGCGUCGUUCCUGGAGGGCCGCACGGAGGGCCUGACGGAGGAGCUGUGCCGGCGGCAGGCGGAGCUGCGGGAGAGCCGCGGGCGCGCCGCCUCGCUGCAGAGGGAGCUCGCGCAGCUGGCAGAGAAGAGAGAGUCCCUGGAAGCGGAAAUAGUUCAGUACAAGCAGAGACUGAAGGACGCGUUGCAGUCGCAGGAAGAAGCGAAGCUCGAGGAGGGGCAGCCGGCGUCCGAGGCGCGGCAGUCGGUGCGCUCGGAGGAGCGGCAGGAGGCGGGGAGGCGCGCGGCUGCUCUGGAGGCGGAGGUGGAGAGGCUGAGGGGAGAGUUGGCGCGAGCUGUAGCGGAGUGCGGUGCCGCACGGCAGCGGGCGGAGUCCCUGCAACGGGAGCUGUCGGCGUGCCGGGCGGAGGCGGGGGCGGGGGCGAGCGGCCGCGAUGCCGAGGAGGCGGCCCGGCUCAGGGAGAGGCUGGAGGAGGCGGAGCGGCACGCGGCAGAGUCCGAGAGGCGCGCCGCAGAGGUCUCCGUCAAGCUGACGGCGGAGCUGACCGCCGCGCGCGGCCUCUGCGAGCAGCUCGCCGACAGGCUGCAGGAAGGUAGAGUCGAUAAGAAAGACUCGGAGACUUGCACAGAAUGGGAAUAUCCUGACCUGGAACAGCUGGUGGCGAGGCACCGCGAGGAGAUCGAGAGGAUAAAGGACCAGACUGUCGACUACUUCGCCAACCAGGUGCUGCAGCUGCAGGAGCAGCACUGCGCGAGCCUGGCCAAGGCGGAGCAGCUGUACGCGGAGAGCCUGCAGGCGGCGCGGCUGGCGGCAGUGGAGGCGCGCGAGGAGGCCGCCGCGGCGCGGCUCGGCAAGGAGGAGACAGAGAAACACCUGGUGCACGUGCAGAAGACCCUGAGCGAGGUGAAGGCCGACCUCGCGCACGUCAGGAACAAGUACCGCACUGCCAAGAAGGUAGUGCACGACUACAAGGUGUGGGCGCAGAAGCGGGAGGAGCAGUGUCGGCAGGAGUGGCGCCGCCUCGAGGAGGGCUACCGCGCCUCCCUGCUGGAGCUGCAGCAGCGCAUGGACCGGGUGCUCGACCACCAGGGGAAGCGGCAGGCACCUCGGGAUAACAGUUAAUGCCGCAGAUGCUCUCCCCGUUUCAACUGGGAAGGAUGUUCCGCACAGAGGGAAGUGCCUCCUCUGCUGUCCAUUGGAAAACAUCCCACAUCGGGGAUGGACCACGACAAAAAGUUGCAGAAGUCUGUCCCCUACUGUUAUUUGACCUCCACAAUUUAGAGUUCCUAGGAAUUCGACUACGUGUGCCUUACAUUCCUACUGACCGUCGACAUAUGUGCCUGACUGCUGUUUUAAUGACAUGUACACACACGAGAGUAUUGUAAAACAGAUAUUUGUAUAUAAGACGACGUUUUAUAAAUCACUCCGUACAGGGGCUGAUCUUCAGACUGUUGACAGUGAAUUUGAGCUGGUCUCGAUUUGAUACGUAUCUUUUAUAUAUAAAUAUAUAUCGCUAUUUGAAAUAUAGUGCUGUUUUGAUCACAUGCAAAAUGUGAUCAAAAUAGGACCAUAAUUUAGCUACCACACUUGGAAAUUGAAUUUUUUGCAUUUUGUGAGAAUACUGAAAUCAAAAUUCUGGUACAGGUUGU